AUGCAUUCCCGUCUUCCCUUCCCUACUUCCACCCCCCUCUCGACUGGUGCUGUUACUAAAGUAGACGCUCUGGGUACUCCAAUAAUGUCAGAACAUAAAAACUGGAUUGGGGCGGUCAAAGAUGAGUGGCAGAUGUUCAGCGACUCGGCGGAUGACUACACAAUUGGUCUUCCGAUUGGGUUUGGGGCAUCGUCAACAGUCUAUCAAGCAACAUUUCAUCCACAAGGGGGCUCGCCAGUCGAAGUGGCGCUCAAGGUCCUCGAUUUGGACAGACUCGCUCCCAAAGCCCUCACACUUCUCACGCAAGAAACACAAUUGAUGAACACCAUGCAGUUCAUCUCACUUGCCCAUUUUAGAAAAGGUUCGGUCGCCGAUAUCAUGAGGUACAGCUUCCAGGAUGGUAUGGGGGAAGAGCUCAUCCGUUGUAUUUUGAAACAAGCACUCGAAGGUCUCAAGUGGGUCCAUCUUUUCACACCCCCAGGUGGCGUGACCAAAUUAACAACCCCUGAUUGCCUUAGCUAUCUCCACGUUAAUGGCUGCAUCCAUAGGGAUAUUAAAUCUGCGAAUCUGCUGGUCGAUGACGACGGAACUGUCUUAUUAGGGGACUUGGGUGUAGCAGCUUAUUUGGAUGACCCGGAGCCCUCUGGGACAACGCUGACAGCCGCUACAGGAGCGAAAGUGACCAAUGCGUUUUCCAGAAAUGGAGGGCCCAAUAGUCGCCCGCCGCCUGCAAGUAGGCGUCCAGGAAAGAGGAAAAGCUUCGUAGGGACUCCUUGUUGGAUGGCCCCCGAAGUCAUAAAUCAGAAGCACUAUGAUGCAAAGGCAGACAUUUGGUCGCUGGGAAUCACCGCGCUAGAACUUGCCCAGGGUCGAGCCCCCCAUUCUCGAGAUCCACCUUUCAAAGUUUUGAUGAAAAUAUUGCAGGAAGAUGCCCCCACAUUGGAUCGGGAUAACGGAGCACACAAGUAUUCCAAAGCAUUCAAGGAAUUUAUUGAUUCUUGCCUAGCCAAGGACCCUUCGAAAAGGUCGACGGCACAAGAGCUCUUGGAUACACCAUGGAUUAAAGGUGCAAAGAAGCCGUCUUAUCUGGUCAAUACAUUGCUGACGGGAUUGCCUCCUUUGGCUCGCAGACAGGAGAGACAUCGUGCACCGUCGGCCAAUAAUUCAUUCCACCAUGUAGAAUCGUGGAAUUUCAACACAACUAUAACAGGAGAUUUAGCAGCAUCUCGCAUCCCAGGUUCACAAGCCUCAAUUCCACAGCACGGAGUAUUUGGGAUGGGUGAUAUUGACACCACAGGCAAACAAGAGUACCGGCGUCAUAUUCGCGAUAAUGCCAGUACGGACGACAUACCUCACGAGGAUUCAGGGGAUGAAACAGCCGACUUGGAAGUGCCCAAGUCAUCCGAAAAUGACCUAGGGUUGGCGCCCAUCCCGGCCUCUCCUCUCCCUGCACCAGGGGCAUCUCAUGAUGUGGGACUAUUGCAGCUCCCAUCCCCCACCUUAUCACCAGAUAGCAGAUCACCAUCAGAACUUGGGUCAUCCCCUCUGACACCAGUGACUACCGGAACGUCCCCUCGGUCCCUCAAAUUUGGUCCUUCGGGCUCGUCCCGCGCGUCAUCCCCUACACUGGACACGCCCACCCAACCAAAUGGAUUUUGGAAGCGCCUCUCGAAGGGUGGUUCCAAAUCUUCUAAGAGGGAAAAAUGGCCGAUGUAG